GGAGGAGAAAAGGAGUUUCCGGGGCUGGGUUCCUGCCCCCUUGUGGACAAAAAAGUGCGGAAGUGAGUGGGUGGCGAGGGGCGGAGCAAGGCUGCUGGAGGCGUGCUCGUGCGGCUUUGGGAAGGCCCUAAAGUUAAUGAGGCGUGCGCCGGCAGCCGAGCGCCUUGCCGGGCUGGGCUUUUCCCGGCGGUGCCGGCGCCAGGAGCCGCCUUUUCCGCUGGGUGUCACUCGGGGGUGGGGAGGAUGGCCCAUUCAAAAGCACUGCGAGGGAGCCCGGCCAGUGCCCUUCAGUGAGCGCUCGCAAGACAACGGCAGAGGCCCGGCAGCUCGUACCUCCGGGACCUGGUGGCGCAUCAGGACGCGGCUGCCUCUGUGCCGGGACCCUGAGCCGCCGCCACUCUGCCUCCUGCGAGUCAGUCUCUGCGCGCUCCGGACCGGCGGCCACUGGAGCCGCUGUGGUGAGGACGGCGCGCGGCUGCUGCUACUGCCCCCGCCCCGCUCGGCUGGAAACGGAGAGGCAGAGACGAUCGGCGGUCCCCCUUAUGCCAGGAGGAUGCUGGAGAGCAGCAGCUGCAAGGCACUAAAGGAGGGCGUGCUGGAGAAGCGCAGCGACGGGCUGCUGCAGCUCUGGAAGAAAAAGUGCUGCAUCCUCACUGAAGAGGGGCUGCUGCUCAUUCCGCCCAAGCAGCUUCAGCACCAGCAGCAACAGCCCGGGCAGGGGACAGCCGAGCCGUCCCAGCCCAGCUGCCCGGCUGUCUCUGGCCUUGAGCCACCGGUCAAGCUGAAGGAAUUGCACUUUUCCAACAUGAAGACUGUAGACUGUGUGGAGCGCAAGGGCAAGUAUAUGUACUUCACUGUGGUGAUGGCAGAGGGCAAGGAGAUCGACUUUCGGUGUCCGCAGGACCAGGGCUGGAACGCUGAAAUCACUCUGCAGAUGGUGCAGUACAAGAACCGUCAGGCCAUCCUGGCGGUCAAGUCCACGCGACAGAAGCAGCAGCACCUGGUCCAGCAGCAGCCCCCACCGCCGCAAAUCCCGCCCCAGCCUCAGCCUCAACCCCAGCUCCAACCCCAACCCCAGCCCCAGCUCCAACCCCAACCCCAGCCCCAGCUCCAACCCCAAAUCCAGCCCCAGCCCCAGCCACAGGCUCAGCCCCAGCUCAAGCCUCAGCCUCAGCCUCAGCCACUACACUCAUACUCUCAUCCUCACUCGCACCCUCACCCUCACCCACACCCACACUCGCACCCACUACCGCAUCCGCACCAACCACCGCACUCGCAGCAGCUCCUCCAGACGCACGGCCACCGGCUUCUGCGCAGCACCUCUAACUCUGCCUGAAGGGGGCAGCGCUCGGGCAAGACGAGGUUUUGAGGACUUGAGGAAGUGGGACGAACACAGUGUCUUCACUUGGAUCAAAAAACAAAAGUCUCCCCGCCCCGCACCAGAUCAAGUAGUUUGGAUAUCACCUGACUGAUAACUUGCAAUUCCUCCUAGUUUUCUGCAUUAUUCAUCAUCACCGUGCAGGAAGCGAUUCUAAGUCGAGAAGACUUUACUUAUGAACCUUUGAAAGGAUCUUAUAAUGUAGUGGACCUUCUAGAAGCAAUGAUGUACUGUAAUUUUAUUUUAAUGUAUUUUGGUUUAUGAUUAUUUAUUAGUUUUUUUAAUGCUUGUUCUAAGACAUUUCUGAAUGUAGGCCAUUUUUCAAAAAAGAAACUUUAUUUUUAAAAAUCUACUCUGUAGUAAGUUCUAAUCUUGGGAAAGAAGAAAAGGGUGAUGGAGGGGAAAACAUUAAACAUCAUUCAGUAUUCCUAAGGCAUUUUCAGAAGGUCUGACACUUUCAUUGUUAUGCCAGGUGGUUCAAAUUAAACUCUGAUGCUAUCUUUUUCUCUGAGAUUUCUUCCUUAAAUAUACUUUGUAUAAAAGCUUUUUAAGACUAAAAGCUCAAAAUUAUAUAAUUAUGAAUAUAAUGCUCAAGAUAAUGCUUUUCUAAAAGAAAAUCAGUAGUAAUGAUACCUGCUUUCAAAAUAACUUAAUCCACUAACCCAACUGAGAGCAAAAUGAUCCUGUCUUGAUUAUGUAGUAGGAGUGGGUCUAUUUAGGAGCUCCUGUCAUCAGUUUGUGAAGGUUUAGGGAGAGGUUUUUUGGAGCUGGGUGUAUAGUUUAACCUUGAGAGUGCCAGGCUCUGAGUUUAACGCCUAACAACAAGUAAAAAAUAAAAGGAAAGAAAAAAGUCAUUUUGAUUGUAACUUAUGAAUAUAUUAGAUGCUUCAGUUCAAAAUAGUGGGGGUGGUGUAAAUAACGCAACUUGUUUGAGAGUAUUUGUUCCCCUUUCCAGACUAUAAUAUCCUCCAGCAAGAGAUUUGCACACUUGACUUAAACCAUAUUUUCUGAUCUGUUUAGUUUGUUCUAUAAGAAUACUGAAGAAUCUUAUGGUUUAAAAUGCAGUUUGUAAGCAUAUUAAUGGACUAGGAGUCAUAAUUUUUAGAUUUCCACACAGAAGAAAAUAAUAAUAUUAAUGUUUGAAACUGGCUGUUUUUCUCUAUUCUGUGAGAAAUUUUAGGGUUGUGUUUCCUUCGGUUAGUUAGACUCAGACACUGAAAGAGGAAGGACUGGAUAAACAAUGGAUUUUCAGUAAGCAAACAACCGGAGUCUUGUUUUAGCAGUCACUUGUUCAGGAGUUUUAAGGGAUAGUGGGGAGAAGAGGAUGUGCUUUUAAAGGUAGAACAAACCCUCUUCUGUGUUACUUCAAAAGGAUGUAAAAAUCCUCAAGGCAGAUGUACUUAAGUUUAAAAGAGCCAUAGAAGAUACCAAAUUCUCAUGGGGCUGAAAAUCACUUCCUAUCUGCACGGCUUUACUAAUGGCUCAGUUCCUCAUUGCCUUUCGCAGAGUCUCGAUCAGUAGUUUUCCAGCAUUAAAUUGGAAAGAUUAAGUCAGGUGUGGUGAUGCAUGCCUGUAAUCCUAGCUCCCUAAGAGGCUGAGGCAGGAGGAUAGCAAAUUUGAAUUUAGCCUGGGCAGUUUCGUGAGACCCUGUCUCAAAAAGUUUUAAAAAAGACCCGCAAAAUAUAGCUCAGUGUGAAGGCUCUGUGUUCAGUCCCCAGGACAGGAUAUAACAGUGGGGUAUGAUGGGGUGGGCAAGACUGGUCAGUAUUAAGCUACUGCUGAGAUGCACAGUUAAACUAGGGAAAAAUUUCAAUGAAAUUUUGAAAUCAUAAUUCUUAUGCAAAAAGUUGCAGGGAAAAUUAAAAUUUAAGCAAAUGGCAAACAAAACUAGAGUCCCAUUUCCAGGGGGUUGCUUAGGCUACAGUUGUGAAAAUAUGCCAACACAAUUUAAAAAUAGAGUAUGUAUACAUGACAGCUCAGCGAGCCAAAGUGAAAGAUUCUUAAAUCCAGUUUGAUUUGGCCUGCUGAGAACUACUGCUGUUUUUUAAGGGAUGCCUCAUAGUAUGAUAGUUUUUAAUAUAUGCACAUCAUAAUUCAAAAUUAAUCCAUAGUUCUUUCUAAUUAGUGAAUCUUCUGAACUCUUGUUAAAAUAUAAAAGCCAUACCAAAUAUGUUGAAAAUUAAGAUUAAUGUAGGUUUGUAAAGAUGUAUGUUAUCUGAUGUAUAGCACAAGAUAAUCUCAUUGUUGGAAAAAUAUGUCCAUCUGUCGACUGAAGUUUUUUUUUUUUUUAGCCCAAGUAGUCAUGGCUAUUAACAGACUGCUGGAAUCAUGGUUUCUCGUUCCUUGGUCUGCUUACCACUUAUGCUGAAUGGACCCUCUUUAUGGCUCUCUGGUUUGAUCCUGUCUUAACAUUUAUCUGUGAAAUUUUAGAAGUUAGAAAAAGUAGGAUGGCUUUUUUAAUUGUUUCAGUAACCCUGAAAGUAUUGAGAUUUAGCAAUUUUUUCCUAGAGCAGAAAAAACCGAGCAUGCUCAGCAAAACUAAACAAAAUUAAAUACAAAUGCACAUCAUGUUAGUAUCUCAAAGUGUUUAUUCUCUCUAAGAAAAUCAUGCAAACCUUAAGGUGCUAUGAGGCCUGACAGGUCAGCUUUAUAGAAAAAGAGUAAAUACUUUCAAUCAAAGAAGAGUAUAACAGUACAAGUGUAAUAGACAGCCCACCCCUUAAACAAACAUAAAAAUGUAAAAGUUAAAAAAUUAAAUGUCCCAUCUAGAAACUGAACUUGUCCUUGAACUUGUAUUGAAAUCUACAAGCGUGUAGCUAAGGGCUCAGUGGCUGUUGGGAGAAAUGAAUGAAAGAAGGAAAAAAUGUGUGCUUUUCAGCAGCUAGGAGGUUGUUUCUGUUGCCUCUCUGAGCACUUCCUUUACUCGUCUUCCUGAGAACAGUAAGUCCUGCGACAGGCUGAGCAUCAUGAAGCUCUUUAAAUGCAUAGCAGAAAUCCACUCUGACCUGCUGGGAGUGGUGAAGUCACAGAAUAAAUGUCUGUGAGGAGCCUUUUCAGAACGAAUGUUUUCCUCAUUGAGCAAACUGAGAUUCUCUAUUCAUGCCAAAUUUAUCAUUUCACUCCACGUAGUUUUUUCAAUAAUAGUUUAAAAAAGAGAAAAAGCCCCGCUCUAUAUAUUGCUUAAAAGAAUUGCCCUUACACACUGUAGGAAAUCUGGUUUCAGUUAAAAGGGCUGUUUGAACUCUUCUUGCUUUCAUGGACCAAGCAUUCUGUACUUCUCUUUAAAAACCUUGAUUUAAAAUCUGAUACUGAACAAGUAUAUAUUUUCAAACAUAUCACUUGCUUUCUGUUCCUGGGAUAGUGAUGUGAUCUAGUUAGGGUGCAGAGUGCAUGCCUCAUAGGUUUAGAAGGGCCUAAGACCUCAGUGAAUAGGGAGAAAUCCCAUGGGAUUCGCCUAUGAGCAUUUGCUUUUCUUUAAUAAAUACAAACCUUGGUAAGUUUUAGGAACUAAAUUCUUGAUAUGGUUUUGAAGAGGGACCUUUUGAUCUGCAGUGUUGAGUAGCCAGUCCAGAUUUAUAAAAUCUGGGUCACAAAGUCAUUUGUCAAAUAGAGUACAGAACCCAACGAAGUACUCUUAGGAAGGUCAUUCUUGCAGUCAGGGGAGAGCUCAGUAGUACAGCACUGCCUAGCGUGAGCCAGGUGGGGGGUUUGAGCCCCACUACUGCAAAAACAUACAAAAGGACAUUUUUGCCCAGCGAUAAAAAGAUUUCUGGGACGUGAGAAGUAUCCGUGUAAAAACCGUCCAGGGCUAGCGUCCAUUGUUGCUCUGAAGCUAGACAUUGACUAGUCAAGGAAAGCAAGUUUUUAAAGAAGGAGAAAACAAUUCUGUUACAUUCCAAGGUCAGCACUGUACUUCAAGUUUCAGAAUAUGCAAGUACCAGCUUCUUGAGAGCGAGAGCCACUGUUUACCAAAUGUUUUAUCAGCCAUUACGUUUGUGAACUUCGUCAGAAUUUGUGUACAUAUGUCUCAUAAACGAUUUUGCAAAGAUGUGAUUUAUUUUUCAUAUUUUCACAAUGCAUUCCAUUUCAAAUAAAGUACUGAGACAGCUGA